UCCAAAAAAAAGAUGGCGGCGGGCUCGGAUCUGCUGGAUGAGGUUUUCCUGAACACGGAGGUGGAUGAGAAGGUGGUGAGCGACCUGGUGGGCUCCCUGGAGUCCCAGCUGGCGGCCUCCGGUCAUCACCACCAGCACCACAAGGCGCAGGAGCCCCUCAGGGCCGCUGGGGGGCUGCUGGGGAACCAUGUUGUGAGCAGCAGUAGCAGCAGCAGCAGCCCUAGCCCUAGCCCUGCAGGAGUAGUAGUAGGAGGCAAUGCUAAUGUCCAAACAGAGAGCAGCAGCAGCAGCAGCAGCAGCAAGAUGGGACUCAGUGCCCCAGAGAUCACAAAAGCAGGAGCUGGAGGAGUGCAAGGGGGUGUUAUUAAUCAUAACACCAGGUCUCAGAGUUCAACUCUGGAUGGAGUCACUACAACCAGCACCACCACCGCAGCAGCAGCAGGAGGAGGAUCUGAAACUGCUGCUGCUCCAGGGACCCUCAGUCAGGGCAAAUCAGUGGUUAUCAGUACCAUGGCAACUGCCUUAUCCACCAGGAAUGGCAAAAUUGAGACCACAACGGUGCAAACUUUGAAUGGGAGUAAUGUGGUGAUGAACUCUCACCAUUCGGGAAGUGCUGCUUUCUCUGGGACUCCUGCAACUGCUAAUCCUGCUGCUGCACCUGCUGUUGCCCCUCUGGUUAACAAUGGACCUGGAUCUGUGGGGAAGGGAAAUACAGUUAAUGCUGUUUUGCCAUCAGCUUCUAACACUGUCAUACAGACUUCUUUCCUCAGCACUGCUGUGUCCUCCACCUCAUCCUCAUCACCCACAGUAAUCUCUUCGCAACCGCCACCAAGCAUUGUAGGUGGGGGGCCUACUGUAGCACUGGUGAGGCCACCAGUUCACACAGCAGGACCCACGGUAGCUGCAGCUGCUGCAGCCACCCAGAAUGGGAGCAAUACUGUGAUCAAUUCAGCCAUCGGUGUGGAGAGUUUUCCUGCUGUUACUGCAGUCACUGUGGGUUCUGGAGUUUCCCUCCAAACAUCACUUGUGAACAGCCAACCUGGUUCCAGUGUGUCACCCAUCACACAGCUCCUCAAUUCAGCCAUCGGUGUGGGGAGUUUUCCUGCUGUUGCUGCGGUCACUGUGGGUUCUGGAGUUUCCCUCCAAACAUCACUUGUGAACAGCCAACCUGGUUCCAGUGUGUCAUGCGUCACACAGCUCCUCAAAUCAGAGUCUCCUAAAACUAUAGUGCAUGCAGUAUCCCAGCAGCAGACACUAGUUGCAAGUGGCCAGCCCAGUACUACAGGGGGUAACAUGAUAAUUGGGCAAACUAUGCAAGCUGGGCUCUCCAGUGUGGCCCCCAAUCCCGGUGGGAUACCUCCUGCAGCUCCUGGUACUCCUACAGGAAUGGCUAAGGGCACUGCCAGUACAGUGGCACAAAGUCUGCCAAGGACUCCAACAGCAACUACCAGUGGUAUCAGAGCAACUUUGACUCCCACAGUUUUAGCACCUCGUCUGCCUCAGGCACCUCAGAAUCCAACUAAUAUUCAGAACUUUCAGUUACCGCCAGGCAUGGUCCUUGUGCGUAGCGAAAAUGGACAGUUACUGAUGAUCCCUCAACAAGCCUUGGCACACAUGCAGGCGCAGGCCCAGGCACAGGCCCAAUCCCAGCCCCAAAAUACCAUGACUCCUCGUCCUGCAACACCUACUAGUGCACCACCAGUACAGAUAUCAACAGUGCCGGCUCCUGGAACGCCUAUAAUAGCACGGCAGGUGACACCAACUACUAUAAUCAAGCAGGUGUCUCAGGCUCAGACAACUGUACAGCCCACAACAACGUUACAGCGUGCUCCUGUAGUGCAGCCUCAGAUUGUUCUGGGUGGUACCGCACAAACAACUGCGUUAGGUACAGCGACAGCUGUACAGACUGGAACUCAGAGAACUGUUCAAGGAGCAACAGCAACCUCUACAGCUGCCACAGAAACAAUGGAGAAUGUGAAGAAAUGCAAGAAUUUUCUAUCCACAUUAAUAAAACUGGCAUCAUCUGGAAAACAGUCGUCAGAGACUACAGCUAACGUGAAAGAGCUAGUACAAAACUUGUUGGAUGGAAAAAUUGAAGCAGAAGAUUUUACCAGUAGGCUGUACCGAGAACUUAAUUCUUCACCUCAACCUUACCUUGUGCCUUUCCUGAAGAGGAGUUUACCUGCCUUGAGACAGUUAACCCCAGACUCGGCAGCUUUCAUUCAACAAAGUCAACAGCAGCAGCCCACAACGCAAGCAACAACUGCGCUGACAGCAGUGAUGCUGAGCAGCUCAGUUCAACGCACAGCGGGGAAGGCCACUGCCACUGUAACAAGUACUCUCCAACAGCCUGUAAUUAGUCUAACUCAGCCUACGCAAGUUGGGGUUGGCAAACAAGGGCAACCUACACCACUGGUUAUCCAACAGUCUCAAAAAGGAGGGGCAUUGAUAAGGCCUCCACAGGUAACAUUGACACAAACCCCUAUGGUAGCAUUGCGGCAACCACAUAAUCGUAUUAUGCUUACAGCUCCUCAACAAAUUCAACUGAACCAACUUCAGACAGUACCUGUGGUAAAACCAACAGUAUUACCUGGAAACAAAGCUCUGUCCACUAUUUCACCACAAGCAGCUGCCGCUCAAAAGAAUAAACUGAAAGAACCUGGGGGAGGUUCUUUUAGGGAUGAUGAUGAUAUUAAUGAUGUUGCAUCAAUGGCUGGAGUCAACCUAUCAGAAGAGAGUGCACGGAUAUUGGCAACAAAUUCUGAGUUAGUGGGCACGUUAACAAGGUCCUGUAAAGACGAAACCUUCCUACUUCCAGCAUCUUUGCAAAGAAGGAUACUAGAAAUAGGUAAAAAACAUGGGAUAACGGAAAUCCAUCCUGAUGUAGUUAGCUAUGUAUCGCAUGCAACACAACAAAGGUUACAGAAUCUUGUAGAAAAAGUAUCGGAGACUGCCCAACAGAAGAAUGUUUCUUAUAAGGAUGAUGAAAGAUAUGAGCAAGCAAGUGAUGUUCGGGCACAGCUCAAGUUCUUUGAACAACUUGAUCAAAUAGAAAAACAGAGAAAAGAUGAACAAGAAAGGGAAAUUUUAAUGCGUGCAGCAAAGUCUCGGUCUAGACAAGAAGACCCAGAACAGCUAAGGUUGAAACAGAAGGCCAAGGAGAUGCAGCAACAAGAGCUAGCACAAAUGAGACAGAGGGAUGCCAACUUAACUGCAUUAGCUGCGAUUGGUCCUAGAAAGAAAAGAAAAGUGGAUUCUCCAGGAUCUGGAUCAGGGACAGAGGGGUCCAGUACAAGUACACCAGUCCCAGGCAGCUCUGGAGUUGGAACAACCAGACCGUUUACGCGACAAAGGAUAACGCGGGUGAACCUCAGGGACCUCAUAUUUUGUUUAGAAAAUGAGCGAGAGACAAGCCAUUCACUAUUGCUAUACAAAGCAUUCCUUAAGUAAAAUGGAAAAGAUCAAGGUAUUUUUGAUGGAGAGACGCCUGAGGACAUUUUUUUAUAUAUUUGCAGAUUACGCCUUUUUGUAACAAGCAAAUGGGAUAUUGUUUCAAAAACAACCACCUCUUUACAUGGAACAGUUUUUUAUUCUUGUUUAUAAAAAAAACAAAAAACUCUUCAGUACAAGAGGAAUACAUUUCUUUAACAGUGAGGAUACUUACAAGGCCUGUGGAUACUAUAAAUGGACAAUUAAACUUAACUCAUCUCUUGAUUGAGUGGCCUUCUUGCCAAACAAGCCAUAUAUAAAGACUGAUGGAAUCGUUUAGCAAAUAACUAGCUACCCUUUGUCAUACCUGUAGCAGUUUCAACAUUAAUUGUGCAUUUUAGUUCAGUUUUACUUAACUAAAUUGAUUAUAUAGGUAUAUGUCUACAGCAGAUGACCUCAUUUCAUUUAGCUUUUUUUAAACAGUUAGCCAAGCAAACUGAUUUUUAAGAAUAUUUAUCUUUCCCCAAAAGGUUCAAAUUCUAGAGGGAUAUACAGUUAAUUGAAACAUAACCUCAAUUUUUAAUCACAUUGCUUAUUAGAGGCCCUGAAAUCCCAUAAAGGAGGGUUACUUCUGAAUGUUUUUAUCAGCAUCUGUAAAAAUGCAUUUUAUUUGCUAUAGUUUGUAAAGCUGUAAAGUUUGAAAAAAGAAAAAAGGAAAAAAAAGAGAGAGAAAAACCUUUUCAGCAUAAAUAUAUUUUACUUGCACUGUGUUUUUAGCUAAAGUGAAAGCUUAGAUUAAAUAAAAUCAAAGUUGAGAGGAAUCAUCAAAAAGACUCUUUCUCAGUGUGAAUCAAGUGUUGAAAAAUGGUUGGUGUAUUUUGUCAGUAAUUGUACAUAAUUUUUGGCACAUAACACAAAAAAUGGCUAUGUAAACUAUAAUUAUUUUGCUAAAAGACUGUAUGCAAGCUGUGGGCCUACUUUAAAGAUGUCCAGAGCAAAGUCCCUUCUUUGUACCUAUUUUUUUAUUACAAAUAUACUAAUUGGUUCUUUAUAUUUUCAGAGGUUAUUGUAUUAAAUUGUCUAUUGAUAGUACUUUUAUGACUGUAAAUACUUUGGCUUUCUUCGUGUGAACUCUCAUGUUAGAAUUUAACUCUCUUGCGUGUAAACUGAAUGCUGAUCAGUAUUUUUAUCAACACCUGACAACUGUUACACCUUUUAUUUUGUCUUUUAGGAAAUCCUGUCUUUCCAUUUUUUUCAUGUAAAUUUUGCACAGUUACUUGUUCAUAUGUAAAUAUUUUACUUUCAAAAAUGAAGUUUUUAAUUGCUAUUGUUUUAUAUAGGAUUGAAAGAAAAUUAACUCCUUUAUUAAAAACAAAUUUAUCUGUA